UUUGAUAAAAGCAUCUUCAGCAACAAUUAUUUAAAGAAAAGUGUAGUGAAUGACAGAAAUCCUUAAAUUUCCUAGGAAAACAAUAUCCUAAUUCAUAUCUAAAUCCACUUUGUAAUCACUAAACCUUAGUGAGAUAAUUAUAUGGUGAUUUGUUUUUGGAUUUUUCUCUGUGUUUGUGGCUGAAAGUGGACAAAUUGAUAAGCAGGUGUGAAGAUUUGUUAUCAGUGUUAGAGUGUUUGUCGGAUUUCUCAACUCAGUCAGUUGUGAUUUUAACAUCGAAUAGUUAACAGUUAAUUUGUGUUUAUCCAGGUAACUUUUAUAGUGGAUUUAUAGUGACGAUAGCACGUGUUUAAUUUCAGAUUAAGUCACUGAUAGAGACGCCUCAAGUAAUUAGUGGGACCCGGAACAUGGCACAAGUGCGUCCACUUUCGAGUGAAUUGAGUCUUCAGGCUCAGGAUGAAUUGGGCGAAAUUUCAGGGAAGAUUGAGAGUGAUCUUCAGGCCCUCAAAGAUUGGAUUGGGAAACAGUCGCACCUGACGGCCAGAACAGAUGAUCAGUUCUUAAUCGCCUUCCUGAGAGGAUGCAAGUACAGCCUUGAGAGAGCCAAGGAAAAGAUCGACAUGUACUAUACCAUCCGAACGGCUAUCCCAGAAUUCUUUGUCGAUCGUGACCCUCAGAAUAAGAAACUUCUAGAAGUUCUACGUUUGGGUCUUUCGCUACCCCUACCCAUUCCUGUCCCAGAAAAUGGAUCAAGGAUUCUGCUAGUGAAACAGGGUGCUUACGAUCCUUCCAAAAUCUCUGUGGUGGACGUCCUGAAAGUCAGCUACAUGAUCACCGAUGUGAUGAUAUGGGAUGAUGAUAACUGUGCUGUGGCAGGUCAGACAAUUCUUGUAGAUCUACAAGGACUAUCCUUUGGGCAUCUGACGCAGGUUACACCGACUCUCUUGAAAAAAAUGACAUCGAGCAUCCAAGAGGCAUAUCCGAUUCGUCAAAAAGGCAUGCAUUUUAUCAAUCCAAUGCCAGGAUUUGAGUCUCUCUUCAAGAUCUUCCAUGGCUUCUUGAGUGAGAAAAUCAAGAAGCGCACCUUUGUCCAUGGCUCCCUCGAGGAUCUCCACAAGCAUAUCCCCAAAGCUCUGUUACCAACAGAAUAUGGAGGAGAUGCUGGUCCUGUUCAACAGAUUAUUGAUGACUGGACGGAUAAGCUCCUGGAACGCAGAGACUGGUUCCUAGAAGAUGAUAAGUUCAAGAGUGACGAGAGAAAACGAGUGGGAAAAGCGAAAAACGCUGAUAUUCUUAUGCAGGGCUCUUUUAGGACACUCGAAUUUGACUAACUGAGUUUCCAAGAACCGCUCUUCAACCGGCGAGCCAUCAAUAAAGCUUUUUGUGUGCA